UUCUCUCUCCUUAGAAAUCAGCCCCGUUGGGUUUCAAGCGAGCUGGUUACGGGGCUGCCAAUCCUAGGCGAUCCACCAAUCGCUUGGCGGGAUGGCAGCUUCCCACGAUCCCGCCUCCAGGAGCUGCGAAGGCGGAGGCGGCGCCUUUCUCCCUGACGUCACCCGCCCUAUUUGCAUAGCCGCCCUCCCCUUUCGGAGCGCUGGUGACGUCAGCCCGGGUUCUGCAGGCAGGUGCCGUCGCCUCGCGCCGCUUGUGCUGCUGCUGCUGCAUUUGCUGCUAGAUCCGAAGCGCGUUCCCGAGAUGGCCUCCGCCACCGACGCCCGCUAUGGCCAGAAAGAGUCCUCCGACCAGAACUUUGACUACAUGUUCAAGAUCCUCAUCAUCGGCAACAGCAGCGUCGGCAAGACCUCCUUCCUCUUCCGCUACGCCGACGACUCCUUCACGCCCGCCUUUGUCAGCACCGUCGGCAUCGACUUCAAAGUCAAGACCAUCUACCGCAACGACAAGCGGAUCAAGCUGCAGAUCUGGGACACGGCCGGGCAAGAGCGAUACCGGACCAUCACCACCGCCUACUACCGGGGAGCCAUGGGCUUCAUCCUGAUGUACGAUAUCACCAACGAGGAGUCCUUCAACGCCGUCCAGGACUGGUCGACCCAGAUCAAGACCUACUCAUGGGACAACGCCCAGGUCCUGCUGGUGGGGAACAAGUGUGACAUGGAGGACGAGCGGGUCGUCUCGUCGGAGCGGGGCCGCCAGCUAGCCGAGCACCUGGGGUUCGAGUUCUUUGAGGCCAGCGCCAAAGACAACAUCAACGUCAAGCAGACCUUUGAGCGCCUGGUGGACAUUAUCUGCGAAAAGAUGUCCGAGUCGCUGGACACGGCCGACCCCGCCGUCACCGGGGCCAAGCAGGGUCCGCAGCUGACCGACCAGCAAGCCCCCCCGCACCAGGACUGUGCCUGUUGAAGAGACUCCCAGGCGGAGCACCCCGAACCUCCCCCCGCCCCCUCCUGCCGCACCUUCCUCCUUGCCUGCCUCAUCUCUCCCCCCCCCCCGCCACCUCCCGAGUAACUAUGGAGUCCUGGCCUAGCCAUCUCCCCACCCACAUUGACCCAUCCCAUUGCUUUAUCCUUUGUGGGGUUGUUGGUUUUUGGGGUGGGGGUGGGGGGGAUGAGACCCCAAACCUAGGAGAGGUGUCAAAGCUUAAAAACAAACCACCUCCCCUCGCUCUCCUUUAAGGGACGGGUGAGAAUUCAGCCCCCUGCCUGUCUUCUCUUUGUGGAUUGUCUUUUCGUUGUGGGGCGGGCUGGGGAGGCGGGUGGUCAGCGUCGAGAGGAAGCUAUUUCCACUGUUCUGGGUUCUUCUUUAUGUUAUUUAUUUUUUUAUUUAUUGGACCACACACCUCUCGAUUUGUAGCUGUUCUUGGUUUUGCAAAUCUGGGUGUCCACCGCUGUUCCUCUUUCUUCCUCCUCCUCCUCCGCCUUCCUUUGCUGGUUCUUUUGUCCAUGCCUUCUGUGUGUCUCCCCCCAAAAAACACCCCCCCCGUCUUGUUGAAGAGAUCAGAGCAGGCACCCCGUGCUUGGACCUGCCGUUGCCGCGAGGGUUUGACUCCUCGGUUAGAGCGGCUGCUUCCCCUGCCGAAGGAAGUUCUCCCUGUUCCGGUCCCUGGCCUCUGCUCCAGGUAAGGCUGGGGGAAAGAAACCUCGGAGAGCUGCUGCCAGCCAGUGGGCGCAGCGCUAAGCUAAAUGGACCAGCGGCCUCAUUCCUCACAAGGCAUAUUUGUUGAAAUCAACCGCAAAGACCAGAGUCUUGUUUUUUAGCAAUUGGGCCGUUGCUCAGCAGUAGAGCGCCUGCCCUCCGGUCCCCAGUCCCCAGUGGUAUCUCUAGGUGGAGCUAGAAA